CGUGGGGACAGGACUUUUAUUUUGAUGUGGAGAUAUGACGCCAUAAGGUUGCGCCGCGUUUCUGUGUCUGUUGUCUUUUUUCUCGGCUGAAGAAAGAAAAACUCCUGAAGCAGCUGAGAUCCACGUGACACACUAUUAUAAAGAUGGAGUUUAUUAAAGAGGAGGAUGAAGACAUAAAGGUGGUGAUUAUUAAAGAUGAGAGUGAAGACAUGGAGAUUGAAGAAACAUUCAAUGUGAAACAAGAAGAUAGUGAGACACAAACAGACCUAAUGCAUCUGAAAGAGGAGAGUGAAGACCCGAAUGAUGUAAAGGAAGAAGAACAUCAUGAUUUUAUAACUGGAGAAAAUUCUUUUAGUUGCUCCCAGACUGAAAUGACUUCCUCUCAAAAAAGUGCUCAAAAGCCAGGACCUAGAAGUUUCACCUGCUUUCAGUGUGGAAAGAGUUUUAAUCACCAUGGAAACCUUAAAGUCCACAUGAGAAUUCACAAUGGAGAGAAGCCUUUCUCCUGCCAACAGUGUGGAAAAGGUUUCACUGAAAAGGGAAACCUUAAAAAACACAUGCUAAUUCACACUGGAGAGAAACCUUACACGUGCUCUCAGUGUGGAAAGAGUUUCACUGGAAAAGGAAGUCUUAAAGUCCACAUGAGAGUUCACUCUGGAGAGAGCCCUUACACCUGUCAACACUGUGGAAAGACUUUUACACAUAAAGGAACGGUUAAUGUCCACAUGAGAAUUCACACUGGAGAGAAACCUUAUGUUUGCUCUCAGUGUGGAAACAGUUUUACACAUCAAGGAAGCCUUAAAGUCCACAUGAGAAGUCACACUGGAGAGAAGCCUUUCGCAUGUGAUCAGUGUGGAAAGAGGUUCAAACGUAAAGUAAACCUUGAUUGCCACAUGAGGAUUCACUCAAGAGAUAACAGUUUUAUAUGUCAUCAAUGUGGAAGGAGCUUCACAGACAGCAAUCUCCUUAAGAAUCAUGUAAUAACUCACAUUGGAGAGAAACCUUGUGUCAUGUGUCAUCACUGUGGACAGACUUGCUCGAACAAAGCAAUCCUCAAGAUUCACAUGAGAGUUCACACCGGAGAGAAGCCUUUCACCUGCCGUCAGUGUGGAAUGAGUUUCACAGUUGAAGGAAACCUAAAGACACACAUGAGAGUUCACACUGGAGAGAAGCCUUUCUCAUGCCCUCAGUGUGAAAAGAGUUUUACAGUUAAAGCAAACUUGAAGACACACAUGAGGCUUCACACUGGAGAGAAGCCUUUCACGUGUCUUCAGUGCGAGAAGAGUUUCACGUAUCACACAGAGUUGAAACGUCAUUUGCAAACGCAUUCUGGAAAGAAAUCGCAGUGUUCUUCAGUGUGACGGAGGUUAAGAAAACUGAACAAUUUCAAAAAUCACCUGCAGAUUCACUCACUUAAUUGUGAUCAGUGUAAUAAAAAAUAUUUUGUUAUCACACCUAAAGAUACACUCAAGUAAUUUAUAUAUAAGACCCUUCUUUUAUUUAUUUAUUUAUUUUAUUUAUUUAUUUAUUUUGAUUUUGAAGAGUUUAAGUUUACCUGGCUCUGCCAUUUAAAAUGGCCCCAGAAAUGUAUAUAUCUAUUUAUGUAUGUAUAUAUUUAAUAUGUAUCUAUUCAUAUCCUUCAAUAUGUAUCUGAAACUAAUUUUGUUUGAAUAAAGGAAUCGCUCAGAA